GGCGGUGCUUCUACUUUCAAAGUGCUUAUCUUUAUUAUGAAAGGGGGGCCAAGAAUCAAGAUGAAUGUCCGAACUUGCAACGUACUUGUUCCUCAACAUCUGCAGCAGGAGUGAUUUUAGAAGUCCCGUGGAGUAGAAUCAGAACUAGUAGUUUGAUGUGCACGUCUUCAACAAGGAUGAAGAGACUGGCCCAACACAGCUGCCUGUUGGCUGCACCAGGACCAGGAGGCCUGUUGUUUUCGUUCCUCCCUCCAGCACUGGUCGAAGCGAGCCUUCGCGAGCAAAGCGGACCACGAAGCGCCACUUCAUCAGCUGCUGGCGCAGUUUCCGAAAGACCCACGGAACAACUGCUCGCACAAGACAUAGCAGCAGACGGGCGGCAAGCCACUACUUCUGAUGUUGAACAGGACGUGGACCCACAAGAAGCCGCUGAAGAUCUUGAUCUUCAGGAACACGGACCACAAGCUGCGCAUGCGGCGGCGCACAGCGCUGGAGCAGAGACCGCGGCAGCUGCAAGUAGUCGUGCAACUAGAGAUGAAACAGGCCGCCAUCAGGACCACGUCGCUCCUCCUGCAUCGCAACCUUCAGACGUGAAAACCACCAAAUUACGGAGUCGAAAGGGUGUAGCAGCUUCGUCAUCCCUUGUCCAGCAGCUGCACAAGCACUUCUUUAAGGAGCAGCAACGGACGAAUGAAGGGGACAAAACCUCCGGCGGACCGGGCCAACACGAGAUCGAGCGAUUGAUAGAGAAGGUAGUUGAAACAGAAGAGGCUGCAGUAAUGAAAUCAAAUCGGGGGGAUGAAAGAGAAAGACAAGCGUCAGCAUCACAACCACGCAUUGAAGAUGGUCACCAACAUCCUCUUGGCCAACUGCUCACGACAACAUCCUUGAUUUUCCUAGAAAAGAAAUCCGUUGACUCCAUGUCCUGGCUGCAGUACUUUGGUCUUAUCGCGCUCGCCGGCUGUCUCGGCGGGUGCUGCCACGGGAUCUACAUCGGCCACAAGCAAGCAAACCAAGUCGCGUUGUCAGCUGCAGUGUUGACGCCGGAUAGAACCACGCCCAUGCCGAUUUCCACGUCCGCGAAGGAGUUUUUCGGGCGCGGGGGCUUCCAAAUCUCGGAUCACACCAGCAGUCGGGAAAGUUCGGGCGGAAGUUCAUCCUCGAAGAGUCAGUAUUUGGACCGCAGUUCAACCUCGAGUGAAAUGGGAGGCAGCGUGGCGGGACACAACGAAAACGACGUCGCGGGGUCGGAGUUAGGAUCCGGAAGUGGACGGAGUGGAGUGGGGAGUGAGAGGGGGAGGUAAGUAGGUGGAUGCUGAAAAAUGACAGCAAGCAAGAAAUGUUGACUAUAGUGUGCCCGACAGUGCGCGUAAACAAAAAUGAGAAUAGAGGCGAUGAAGAUGAUGAAAGUAGGCGCCGCACUACAAACAAUUACUUGCGGUAGUUCGCUCAGCGAACGCACGAUCACCUCGACAUUAA